AAGGCCCCAUGUCAUUCCAUGGCUGAUCUUAGGUGGUGAGGAUGCAACCUCGCUCGCGUGCAGAACGACAAAGGGAAGCUGCAGCUGCGGCUGCUGUCACAGAGGAGUCUUUACAGCAGGAAUGGAGCGUUCAACGAGAGCUCCAUUUGCAGAACCGGGCGGUGGAGAGAUUUCGAGACAAGGAGAAGGAGGUGCAACACAUGGAGGCAGCUGCCGAUUUGAUGCCAGAAGGCUCUGAGGAGCGUGGAGACUUGAUGCGGCAGGCCGUACAUCUCCGUGUCGAGUUGGAGCGGGAACAAGCCAAGAACCCUGAACUGAAGCAGCUUCUGAAGGCGGAGGCCGAGGCAGCAGCGCAAGCAGCUAAUGACAAGUCCACGCCUGCCACGGAAGGGCCCAAGAUUCCACGCCCUGCAGCCUUUGGUGCCGGAAAAGAUGCUGGAAAGGGUGCUCAGAGAGGACUUUUUGGUCCUGCUGGAUCAGGCAAUCCUGCGGGAGGACUAUUUGGAUUGCCAACUCAGGCUCCACAGAGGUCGGGGCUGGCAGAACCCAGGUCUCCAGCUUUGCAGCAGACCUUGAAACCAGCUGCAGUUGCCGAAGGAAGGAGCUCUGCAUCGCCACAACCAGUUCCACCAACCCGUCCCCAGCCGGCGCAGCCUGGACGACCUCAUCCCAUGGGACCACGGGCUGCACAGCCCCAGGCUGUGCAGGUGGCUGUGCCGGCGGUGCCGGCGGUGCCGCCGGUGCCGGUGCCGGCAACGCAUGCGGUGGCACAGCCAACGUCGCCCAGUGGCCUUGAGAAUUUGGGGAACCAGGAUGCUGAGCGGCGCAGGAAGCAGAAUGAGGAGUUGAAGCGCAUGCUGGAAGAGCAGAUUGCAGAGAAGGAGCGGCAGAGGCAGGACGCACGUUCCCAGCGCCGCGGCGAAGGAGGAGACGUGCAGAAUCCGAUGGCUCCCUUGCAGGGUCGUAGUCCAGCGGUGCAGCCUGUCCGGCAGGACCUAAAUCCCAGAGAGGCUCGACUGCAGAGCAGGGCCGCAGAACGACUUCGAGAAAAGGAGAGGGAGGUCUUGCAGGCAGAGGCCAGUGCCCGGCAGAUGCCGGAGGGAUCGGAUCAGCGUGCCGAUAUGCUUCGGCACGCCCUGCAACUUCGUGUGGACUUCGAGAGAGCCCAGGCUCGCAAUCCUGAGCUGCGGCAGUUUAUGGCACCAGAGCUACACCAGGACGUACCCUUGGGCCAACCAAGUCAACCUGCGAUUCCCAGACAAGGUCAUGGCGGUGAAGUUGGGCAGCCAUGGCCACACGAGAGGGCAGUGCAGCAACCUCUGCAAGCCCAACUACCUCCUGGCAACUACCCACCCUACGUGGGAGCACUGCCACCUUUUGUAGACCAGACACCACUGCCGCAAGCCUAUGGAGUGGAUGCCCAUCUGCAUCCACAGGUACAUCCACAGAUAUAUCAGGGUCCAGUGGGUCCAGUAGCUGAUGCUUAUCUUGGGAUGCCACCAGGUGCCAUGCCUGGGAUGCCACCAGGUGCCAUGCCUGGGAUGCCACCAGGUGCCAUGCCUGGGAUGCCACCAGGUGCCAUGCCUGGCAUGGCCCCAGGGCCAGGACCUGGAGGGCCUGCACCUGGUGUGGCGACACCCACUGGGCUCAACAACUUGGGAGGAGAUGGCCAGCAGGAGCAACGAAGGAAGAGGCAGGAGGAAAUGAAACGAGCUCUGGAGGAACAGAUUGCAGAGAAAGAGCGGCAAAAGAAGGAAGAGGCGGAGAAUCGAAGGCAACGGGAUCGGCAAAUUGAGGUCCCCAUUGCCAGCCAAAUGCCUGCGGGUGGCCAGAUGGUGCCGCAGGACCCAGGAAUGUCGCCGCAAGUUCCAGCCAUGGCCAAUAAUAUCGAGGGCCAUCGUCUGGGUCAUCAAGAAGAUCCAGGUGCAGAGCAGCGGCGCAAGAAGCAGGAGGAGAUGAAACGAGUCUUGGCAGAGCAAAUUGCGGAGAAGGAGCGGCAAAAGAAGGAGGAAGAAGAGCGGAGGCGGCAAGAAGAGGAAGCAGACAAUGAGCGGAUUCGCCGCGAACAACAAGCUGAAGACGCCAGGCUGGAACAAAGGCGGCAAGAGGAGGAAGCCAGGCAGAAGGCGUUGCAGCAGCAGAACGCCGCCGCGGCCGCGCAAGCCGCUGCCGCUGCACGCCGGGAGGAAGAUGAUGAACCCCCAGGGCCCUUGCCCAAUAAGCACCAUGGGAACCACAGCAGGGCAUCCAGAACCACAAGAGAUACCCAGAACCAGGGAUUCAACAACAAGUCUGAUUUGUUUGGUUUGCCGCCCUCUGCACCAGCUGCAUCGCCAACAGCCUCGCCAUUGCCCUGGGAGACCCAAGUGCCGCAGCCGCAGCAGUCAGGGACGUCAUUCAGAAGCAGCCGGCAUCAGGCGAGGGAGGCAGCGGCAGCGCACGGGAGCCUUCAUGCCGUCGUGAAUCCCAGCCACGCGGCUGGCAUGGGAUUGCAGGGCCAGGCACCUAUGGGUGACAUGCUGCAAGGCUUGAUGUAUCAGCAGCAGGAGUUGUAUCGCCAUCAGCAAGAAGCUCUGGCGCGAUUGCAAGAUGAAGCCGAACGUCUUCGGCAAGAGAAAGAGAUGGCCAAGCAAGACCUGCUGGAUAUGAAAGCCAAACAGCUGGAAGAGAAGGAGAAGGAUGUGAAGAAGUUGCAGAGAAAGCUCCAGAGACAGAUGUUGCUGCAAGGUGGGACCCAGCUGGCCCCCAUGGACAGCAUGCUACCCUCGGUGAGCUCCACCCCACGGCCAGACGGCAGUGGAGCGCUGGUGACCAGCGGAGCCGUGGAGGGUGCAGCAGCGCCAGCAUAUCUGGGAGAUUUCUAUUCCAAAUACGAGACACCCAAGGAGCCACAGCAACUGCGAACUGAGAGGGUCGAAGCGGAAAGUGGCUACCCCUCGGAUGACGACUUCCGGAAAAUGCGUAUGGAGUCAAAUGACCCUUCCGCAUGGCCUGUGGCCCCUGUGCCAUGGCUCCAAGCGGAGAACGAGCAGAGCCAGGAUUUGAGGGAUCCCAAGGAACCCAGAAUCAUCUCCAGCAUCGAGGCACCAAAUCCCGCCAGCAUUGGCGCCUCACUCUUUGAGGACAGUUGGGGAAAACCAUUGGAAAACACAGGUCAGGUUGAAGCUCGGCUGGAUCAAACCAAAGACAGCGCCAGGGAGGUCAUCGGCAGCUCAUCCAAGGUGAUCACAAGUUACAGUCAACUGGGGAAGGCAGGUGAUCCCUUUGGUUCCACCAAGAUGGAAGGAACUCUGGUGGGUGAAUCCAAGUUCCUCCAAGCUGACCCGCAAGGCUGUACCAUGGGGGCCACUUGGAAAGAUGCGGCGGAGAUGAGUGGGCAGGCAUUGCCUUCCAUGAAAACGGGCAUGGUGGAACAGGAGAAGAGUCAGAAGACCAUCAAGCAUGAGAUUGAGAGCUCCAGUUUGGGCAGCACUUCCAAACUCUUGGAAUCCCUUCAGGUGAAAAACGAGGAUGACACCACAGAUCCCUUGCGCAUCCUGGAGGGUGCCGUGAAUGCGAUUCGUGAGGCCCGGCAUGAGGAUGGCGGCCAUUCCUUGACAAGUUCCGCGUUCCUGAGCGCCAGAACGUCAGGGCUGGGCUUGGAUGGCGAUUUUGGGGCUGGCGAUUCGGUGACCCGAAGGGUCGACAUGGCUGCUGCUGAAAUUCCCCUGGAGGAUCUGUUGCAAUCGCAGCAGGGCUGGGGCAAUGUCCUCCGACACUUCGGGGCAGCCGCAGAACAAGAGGCACAGGAGAAACCCUUGCGACGGCAGGAUGCGAGCCAUCACAUUGGUGAGGGAAGUGAAGGAGGUUACCCCAGCCUCCAGAAAUUGGAGCGCCUGGAUCAAACAGAGCUAAGCUCCUUUCAAGGUGCUGAUCAGUCAGGUCGGAGUGACAGGGUGCAGGAUAGUCUCGAUCUAUUGCAAGAUCUACAGCAGCUUCAGGCCACCAGUGGCUCUGCCACCAAUGGCACGAAUGGCACCAAUGGUUGCCUUGGGCAGCUGGGAACUCUCCAGCGACCCAUUGUAAAAGAUGACUUUGCAGCUUUGGCAGCUGCCACCCCAGAGGAUUUCGAUGCAUUCCUGGCACGACUGAAGGGACAGGAAGCUGGAAGCUCCCGGGGUCGCUCCCCUCAAGUCUCGAUGAAUGUGAAGGAACGCGCCAAGUUCGGAUCCCCGACCCUGCGCGCAGCUGGGUCCAUGCUGGGUCACCUCGAACCGCCCAGCGGCCACAGACCAGAGAGUGGCAGCAGCGGGACCAGCGACCUGUCGGCGCCAGGUGCCUUGAGGGAGCUGCGGAAUCAACGAAAAAAACCCAAGACGGCGGAGGAUUUGUUGCUGCACGGCUCCGAUUUGAUGAUCCCUGGCCCCGCUGUGGGUGGACCUGGGACUAGUCUCCAUGCCACCAUGCCAGCGGAGAAGCGCGAAGUCAUGGGUGGCUUGCAGGCUUUGAGACAAGAGAAGUACCAGGGCACCACCUAAGAUGAACCUAAGACGAAGUGAUGAAGCUGAUAGGGACCAAAACGGUCGACACCUGGAGCACAGCUGGCGAGAUUUUGGGACAAGAUGACCUUGGAGGCUCAGUGUGGACAGUGGGUGCUACAGCUUCGAUGUCUGAAAGGUGACAUGGUGCGACAGCGACCCAGAUCCAGGCCCGGCUUGUGAAGGCAUGAUGAAUCCCGCAUGACAAAUGUUGUAAAUGUUGCAAAGGUCACAUUUGCCACACCGCGUGUCUCAAAAAUCGAAGGGACCUCCGAC